AUGAAGCUAUUCAAACUGUGUUCCACCGAAGCUUACAUAUGGUCUGCAAAAGUAUAUUCUGGACGAGAAACCACCGGAAGUAAGCAAGUUAGCAUAGCUGAGAACGUCUGCAUUGAACUUGCAGAUACAUUGCUAAAUGAAGGACGAACUUUGUUCGUCGACAAUUUUUAUACGAGCUAUCAGUUAGUAGUGAAAUUUUUAAAUUUUAGGACGCAUGUCCUUGGAACUGUACGGCACAACAAAGAAUAUAUGUCCAAUUCCGUAAUGUCGUGCCCGUUGAAGAAAGGUGAAAUGAUAGCACGAGAGGAUAAAAACGGUAUUGUGAUUCUCAAAUGCAGAGAUAAACCUUUGGCGGUAACUACAUAUAAUAAUGGAAAAAUUGGUAUCGACAGAAGUGACCAGAUAGUCUCAUAUGCCACUACGAUACGGAAAAGCAUCAAGUGGUAUCAGAAAUUAGCAUUACAUUUACUCGUAGGCAGAACUAUAGUAAAUGCUCAUACUGUGUACCAAAUAGCCACAAACAAAAAAAUACUGAUCAGACAAUUUCGGGAAAUUCUCGUUUACGAAUGGUCCAAUGUGUCCUCAGAAAAUACUGUCUGUGUGUUCGACAAAAUUGUGUUCGACAACCAUCGAAAGAAAACGAAGAAGGUGACCCACCAUUUGGGGAUACGUAAAAAUCAAGAAGGCAAGCAUAUAAGGAUGUGCACCCUAUGUUACAAGAAGAAGAGGCAAACUCUCACGCGAAGAAGCGAGAAAAAACAUAAAAAGAACUACAGUGUAUUGUUCGAAGUGCCCAAAAUCACCCCAAAUGUGUUUGGAAUGUUUUAG